AUGGAAACUGUCCGUGCGAUGGAAACGAUUUAUCCUAUCCAUACUACACUUCCUACCUACCUAUCUAUCUACCACCUAGAUACUGAAUCUAGUACCUAUACACCAUGUCCUCCCAAGACAGCGACACAGAAAGUUCCAUCUACAGCCAAACAAAGUAACCCUCCUCCCUCCGCUCCCCCCAAAGUAUCCAAACUAAUCAGAAUCAGACCCUCCAAAACCCCCAAACAAACCUUCCCUCUCGCCCACCCACCCCCAAAAUUCACUCCCCGUCUACGCUUCCUCCCCCGUCUUCUUCUCCAAAUCCAACAACUCUCAUCCACCUCCCACCGCGUCCUCCCAAUCCUCGAUAUCUACCAACCCCCCAUCCAGGGAAAAUCCCUCCCCAAAUGUCCCCGCAAACUCCACGCCCGGGACAUCUACAUCCUACAGAGUGACGCAUACACCAAUCUUCCAGCCUCUACUCCCACCCGUCCCAGUACCAGUCCUGGUGCUGGCAACGGCAACGCAAUCUCGAAAUCGGAAAUACUACAGUAUCCCACCACCGCGGGAGUUAUCUACCUUUCUCCAUCGUCGUCUAAACGGCAACAAAACCAACAAGGGGAGACAAAUAAUAAUACCACUACAGGGGAAGUAACAGACGAGAUAUUCUUCCCCUCGACACAACAAUCCUGGACCGUGACACGAUCCCACAAAGGAUACAAAUUCACUAGUGUUGGUGCUGGUGCUGGUGCCAAGGACGGAGGAGGAGGAAUCACGCUCGAAUGGCGAAGACGCUUUCCCGGAGGGCGGAGACCCGUCUCGGCGUCGGUGUCGUCGGCGUCGGGAGUAACCGACUCCGAUGCCAAUGCCAAUGCCAAUACCAACAACGCUAAUAAUGGAAAGGCUUGCGAAGAUGAGAAUCCCCGGUUCGUGUUGUGCGUUACUAGUGGUGGGGCGGAUCCGCGAGUUCGACGGUCGGGGCUGGCUGGGUUGGAGAAAAAGGGGCUAAGGGUUGGGGGGUGGGAGGCUAAACAGUUGUACGAACUGAGUGAGAUAUAUGCAAUGACAACAGAACCAAUUCAAUAUUUAUAUCCAGGGUCUUACGACCCUGAAAACCUACAAUGUACGGAAUAG